AUGAUUAACCUCGCGAUCAUCGGAACCAACUGGAUCACCCAUUCUUUUGUUGAAGCCGCACACGCGACUGGGAAAUACAACCUGUCCGCAGUCUACUCACGAAAGGAAGAGACUGCCAAAGAGUUUGCAUCCAAGUACGAGGGCAAGCAAAUCACCACAUACACCGACCUCAAUGCCCUAGCACAAGACAAGAUUGACACAAUCUAUAUCGCCAGCCCGAACAUCCUACACUACGAGCAAGCCAAACUGUUUCUCAAUGCAGGCAAGAAUGUCAUCUUGGAGAAGCCCUCAUGCAGCACAGUCGAGGAGUUGGAUGAUCUGUUCAAGCUAGCCAAACAGAAGAAGGUCGUUCUUGUUGAGGCGUUCCGCCACAUCCAAGAAGCAAAUUUCAAACUCCUCAAGGAAAAGAUCUCCGACCUUGGUCCCCUGUACGGCGCCUCUAUCACCUUCGCCCAGUACUCUUCACGCUACGAGAAGGUUCUGCAAGGCGAAGUACCAAACAUCUUCAAUCUCGAGAUGGGCGGUGGCGCUCUCGUCGACUUGGGGGUAUACUGUGUGGCUGCAGCCGUCGAUCUCUUUGGCGCACCCACCUCUUCGCAGUACUACCCUGUCAAGAUCGCAACGGGAGCUGACGGUGCCGGUCGCUUGAUUCUCCACUACCCCAACUUCACUGUACACCUAUGCCAUUCCAAGAUCUACAACUCUGAUGCACCAUCUGAGAUCUAUGGCGAGAAGGGCACCCUGAUUGUACCAACCAUCACCGACAUCGACAAGAUCACUUUCUGGGAUCCUAAGAAGAAGUCAAGGGAAGAAGUACAAGGAGUCAAGACGCCUGAGAAGCUGAACUUGAUUGAAGAGGCAAGAGAGUUUGCGAGAUGCAUUGAAGAUAAGGACGAGGCUGCGCUAGGAAGACUGGAGCAGCAUAGCAGGGAUACUUUGGCGAUCAUGCAGAAGGUCAGGCACGACAAUGGCCUUGUCUUCCCAGGAGGAAAGUAA